UAAACUGCGCGUACAUAAAGUUCUAGACUCUAGUCUAAGUAUGUAGGUUGAAGUAAACGCGUUACGGGUUCUUUUGCGGUGGAAAAUGUGGCUGAAGUGUUUUAGAUGAGCAAGACGAGCUAGCAUUAGCUGUGACAUAGCAUUAGCUACAACUUGUGCAGUGCCGCUGAAUCCUCGCUAGCCGUUAGCUUAGCCUCGUGCCACGCUGUUCUACGCGUCGCUUAUUUCCCCUCUUUGUGCCCCUCGCGGAGGUUUCUUCACAGAGUCAUGUCUUUCCGAGGGGGCGGUGGGCGAGGGGGCCGAGGAGGCCGGGGAGGCGGAGGCUUUAGCCGGGGCGGUGGAGGCCGAGGCGGAGGCGGAGGGUACGGAGGAGGCAGAGGUGGAGGCGGCGGAUUCGGACGCGGCGGCGGACGAGGUGGUUUCCGGCAACAAGACUACGGUCCUCCGGAAUAUGUCGUCGCUGUGGGAGAGUUUGUGCAUCCGUGUGAAGAUGACCUCGUGUGCAAGUGCACGACCGAGGAGAACAAAGUGCCCUACUUCAACGCCCCGGUGUACCUGGAGAACAAGGAGCAGAUCGGGAAGGUGGAUGAGAUAUUCGGCCAACUGCGGGAAUUCUACUUUUCAGUCAAACUCUCUGAAAACAUGAAGGCAUCUUCAUUUAAGAAACUGCAGAAGUUUUAUAUAGAUCCCAUGAAGCUGCUCCCUCUGCAGAGGUUCCUCCCGAGGCCGCCAGGGGAGAAGGGUCCUCCUAGAGGAGGCCGAGGGGGAAGAGGAGGCGGUCGCGGAGGCGGUUUUCGCGGCGGCCGCGGUGGAAGCUUCGGUGGUGGCCGCGGUGGAGGCGGCCGGGGUGGAGGAUUCGGAGGCGGGCGAGGUGGAGGAGGUUUCAGAGGAAGAGGAGGUGGAGGAGGACGUGGAUUCAGAGGCGCGAGAUAACCUGCUGGGGUGGUCUCAUCUCCAUCUUGGGCUACAAACACGCCAAACGGCAGUGCCUGACCUGUUGGACUCACAAUAUAGACACUGCCUCUAUUUGAAUCCGAUGGAUUUUCCCCUCCUUGUUUUUAUUUUUUUGUGCCAUUGAAUGUGUGACGGCUGAUUUAUUCUUUCAAAGGUUGAUACGUAUGUUGGUGUGUAACUCAAGGACCCUUCGGCCUGAUGUCACUCUGUGUACAGGUGCAUCUGUCCCGUCCUGAUUUCUCCACAUGUGUGGCCGUGAGAUGUGUUUGUACUGUGACGGAUUUUAAGUGCUACAUUCUCACACCUCGUGCAUUCUAUUGCUUUGAUGCGGGCGGUCUUUGUAUACAGUUAUCGGAGAACAUUUUAAUACCCAUUGUUUUCUAAGGUCCUAAGCAGAAUGUUGUCACAUUUUUGGUUGAAGGGCUUGAUUAAACGGUGCUUUGUAACCGU